AUUAUUCAGAUCAAAUCAUUCCACAUCUUCUGGGACCCAAGAAGCCACAAGAGGCAGACAACCUUGAAGACAAAGAAACAUGAUGUCAGGACCAUACCGAAUUCUUCUUGCUCUCCUUGUCGUGUUUGCGAUGAGUGAGGCAAAGUUCGACAUCAAAGUUUCCCUGCUUCCGACAUCUUGGAUACCGAUAGGAAGCGAACAAAUGCCGGCUGAAUCGAGAAUCGUCAACGGCGACAACGCAAAUCGAGGAACCGCCCCUUACAUCGUUAGCUUACAGGCGGUCGUUGCAAACAAGAGCUACCACAUAUGCGGUGGUUCUAUCAUCUCACCCACCAGGAUACUGACCGCUGCCCAUUGCCUCCCCUACUGGGGCCGCUUCCCGCAUCAGGUCGGCGUGGGUUUCCGGAGCCUGGAGGUUGGAGCCAACGCCCCAGGGGCGGCCGUCAUUCAAGUGAUGGCAGCUAACGUUCACGAAAACUAUGAGAGGGAGGGAGUAAAAGGCUUCCCCAAUGACGUGGCAAUUCUUGAACUGGCGACCCCCGUGCCCCAGUCCCAGUGGGUCCAGGUCAUAGAAAUGGCCAAAUCGGAUGACGGAAGUUUCGACGAGGACGAAUGCUUUCUACAUGGAUGGGGCCGUCUGUCCGCCGGUGGGGAGAGUCCCACCAUCCUCCAGAACGCGACCUUCACUGGAGUGACGUACGACGAAUGUCGUACCUUGUACUCUACAGGUAACAUUCAGGUCAGGUGGUCACACUUCUGCGGCUACAACUACCCCCAGUCUGCCUGCAACGGAGACUCUGGGGGUCCUCUGGUGUGUCGAGGCAAGCUAGUAGGCGUCGUUUCUUGGGGAUUGUCCAACUGUUCCGGGUGUUUCCCCGGCGUCUAUUCACGAGUUGCCGCUUUUGAGUGGUGGAUCCGUCGUUUUGUUUAGGCAGUCGCAACUCGAUCCGAAGGCAUGAUGAAUAUAGUAACAUCGACCAGCUGGCAGCUGUUCAGGUGUGCUUAGCCCAAAUUUUUUAUAUUCUUUUUCUUUGCGGUUUAGGUUGUUGUUGUUUUUGUUGUUGUUGUUGUUGUUGUUGUUGUUCUUUUUACAUUUUUUAUGUGUGCGUUUGUGCUUUUGUUUUUUCAACAGUGGGAUCGGUUGCUUGUGCAAGAGAAAUGGAUUAUCGAAAUUCAAAUAUUAAAUGUUGGAGAAAGCAACAUUUUAAACAAAUAAUACAUAUUGCAGUUACCGGUACAAUGUUAAAAGAAUACUUUGUUCUAUUUUUCUCUCGAUUUUCUUUUUAAAAAAAACAAUUUUCUUUUUGGACUCAAAACAGAUGAAGAGCUUACCGACGACAUGUAUUGCUACCCUCAUUUGUCUAUGUAUUUUUUCUCGCUAUCUCUAUUUUAGUUACAGCUCCUUUAAAAGUGUUUGGGCAUUUUAUCUUCAAUAAAGUGUAACAUUAAUUAUAUUUAUUGACAAAAUUUGAUCGGCGGAAAGUAGCAAUUAAAAAAAAAAAAUUUGGCGAAUCCUGCACAACUUUUGCUCGCAAAGGAAACCCUAACGCUUGUGUAUGCUAAGCUGUUGAGGGUUAAACGACCAUUUCCUCGUUGUUUACACGUGUGUAUCAGUAGUAGAUGUUUUGUUCAAUUUUGUUAGACGAAAUAAAAUCUCCUGGCAGAAAAUGUGUUGAAAA